AUGCAACCUAAAAAACACAAUUCAAAUUUAAGUAAUUCAAAAUUAGAAAAAAAGUAGCUAGAAGAAAAAGUUAAUUAAUUUAUUUAAGAGAAUGAUGGAUUAAGCAGUAGUGAUUUAAUAAGUAAAGCUUCAAUUGUUAAAAAAUCUGAUUAAAAAUCUAAUAGUUUAAAUAAAAAGCUUCCGAUAGCAAAACAAUAGGAAUAAAAAAUAAGUAAACCACCUAUAAUCAAAGAAACUGAAAAAUAAAUAAAUUAAUAAAAAUCUUCUUAAAUAAAAAAAGAAGAAAUAAAUUAAUAAAUUAAUGUUUCUUAGACAGAAUCAUAAAAAACUACAAUAACAAUAAAUGAAAGAUAAUUAUAAGUAAAAUUAAAAGAAAAAUAAAGAGAAAUGUAAUUAUUAAAUGAUAAAGUAAAAAAUUUAGAAUCUGAUUUAAUAUUAUUGAAAAAUUAAAAUAAAGAAUAUUAGGAGUAUGAAUUACAUUUUUUAUUAAAUAGAUUGUUGAAUGAAAAGAUAAUGAAAACAACUUUACAUUAUAAUUAAAGACGUUUUUUAUUGUUGUCCUAAAAUAUAUUAAGCAAACAAUAACAAAUUUUUCGUAUGACUUAAAUUGUCUAAUUAACAAGACAGAUAUAAUAUGAAUUAGAAAAUUAAGUAUAACAGUUUAUAACAAGCUUAUUAAUUUGAGAGAUACUAUGGAGAACAUUUAGGAUACAUAUGAUGGAGCAUAUAAAAUUAGUACGUUUUGCGAUAAAUAAUUGGAACGAUUAAGAUACAUUUAAUCAUAAUAAUUGCAUGAACAAGAGGUGCAAUUUGAAUAAAAAAAUAAUUCAUAGAAACAUAUAUUAUUAACACUUUCUAAAGUAGAUUCUUGUAUUUCUGAAAUAAUCAAUUUAUUUGAUUGUAAUAAAUAAUAAUAUGUAAGUAAUUAUAUCUAUUUAGAAUUUUAUAGAUGAAUAAUUAAUAUCUAAAUUAGAUGCAUUAUCAAUAAAUCUUAAUCGUAUAAUUUAAUGUAAAGAAUUACCAAAUAUUAAUCUUAAACCUAAUUUAGUAAUUUUAUAAGAAGAAUUUCAUAGAAUAUAAGGAUCUUUUAAUAGUAUAUUUCCUCAUUACAAUAGUAUGAAUGAAUUAAUAAAAAAGUAAAUACAAAAUGAUUUAAUAUAUUCAUAACUUGAAGAUAUUUCAAAAGAAUCAAAAGAAUUAAAAAACUGUCCUUUAGCUAUUCGAUAAAUAAAUAUAUUAAGAUCUUUAAUUAUACAUUGUCUCCUCUCAAUUCAUACAUUUAAUUUUAGACCCACUUUUAAACCAUUCUUUGAUAUAAUAUAACCAUUUCUAUAAGAUUGUUAAGGGAUAUUUGAUUAAUAUUAAGAUAAUAAUUAAUAAAUGGGAUAAUAAAUCAUAUGGGAAUUAUGGAAAUCUAGUCAUAAAAAUCUAUAAUAAUGUAUAGAGUAAUAAAUUUGUAUAUAUAUAUUUAGGAAUAUAUUAAAAGAAGUAAAUUAGAUGAAAUAAGAAUAUUCAGGAUAUUGGAAUCACAAAAUAUUUGAUCUUUAGUAGAAAUGA